CUUUAUAACACACCACACUAUUUUACCUCUUCCUCAUAUCUCUCUGCAUCUAUCUUUUUACAUUAUCUAUCUCCAUGGGAUCAAACUCAGUGGCCGCUCUCUUCCUCUUCCUAGCGGCAGUCCCUUCCAUCUUGGCCGUGACAUUCCAGGUCGGAGAUACUGCUGGUUGGAAUAGUGGUGUUGAUUACACGACGUGGGCUAGUGGAAAGACUUUCAGAGUCGGUGACACUCUAGAGUUCCAAUAUGAUCCGUCACACUCGGUUUCUGUGGUGGAUAAAGCUGGAUUCGAUAGUUGCGACAGCAGCGGAGAAACACAGAGCUUUUCUGGGGGAGACACUAAGAUCGAUCUUACAACAGUUGGAACUAUGCACUUCCUUUGCCCUAGUCCUGGUCACUGCCUCGGUGGCAUGAAACUCGCUGUUCCCGUCCUCCCCACCGCUUCAUCUCCGGCAACACCUUCUCCACCGUCUUCGUCUACUCCUUCUCCAUCAUUUUCCCCUCGCUCUCCGCGUAAACCUAAAACACCGCCUCCAACAGCUUCUCCCCCGGCCAACGGUACGCCAGAUUUAGAAUCUUUGACUCCUUCACCGUCUCCGUCAACGCCUUCUUUGUCUCCAUCGACACCUUCACCCUCUCCAUCGCCGCCAAAUGCAGCUUCUAAGGGAGUCAUUAGCUAUGGAGUGAUU